GAGGCUUCAUUUUUUGUGUUUUGUUCUCUCUCCCUCUCUGUGGACGAGUGAGCUUUUGCUGGCACAGGUACCUAUUCCUGCAAUUCUUUUGGGAAAGAGUUCCUUUCAGGCUUCGUGAGUUAUGGAGGCUGAGAAUGAGACGAAGAAUAAUGAAGCGGCUGAUUCUCCAACUUCCGUUCUCAAAGAUGAGGAGAUUUGUAAGGAGGAAGUCAAAGUUGAAACUGAGGAUGAUGGAACCCUGACUGAUGCACAAAAUGGAGACUCUUCCCUAAUAUCAGGAACAAUGGCCAAGGAAGAAGAUAAUUUAAAAGAAGCUCGUGUGAAGGAAGAGGAUGCUGAAAGGGAAAAGGAUAAUGAGAAAGGGCCUGGGAUGGAUGACACUCAGUUCACCAAAUUGGAUGAGCUCCUGACACAGACUCAGCUCUACUCACAAUUCCUCUUAGAAAAAAUGGAGGAUAUCACAUUUAAUGGAGUAGAGAGUCAAAAUGAAGAGAAAGCAAAUGGGAAGAAAAGAGGUCGUGGUGCGAAGAGGAAGGCUGCCACUCACUACAACAAUAGGAAAGCCAAGAAAGCAGUUGCAGCCAUGAUAACAAGAUCCCAGGAAGGGACAGCUCCUGAAGAUGCAAACCUGACUGAGGAGGAGAAAGCUGAAAAAGAGCAGGCCGAACUCGUGCCAUUGUUGACUGGAGGAAAAUUAAAGCCUUAUCAAAUCAAAGGGGUUAAGUGGAUGAUUUCAUUGUGGCAAAAUGGGCUGAAUGGAAUUCUGGCAGAUCAAAUGGGGCUUGGCAAAACUAUUCAAACUAUUGCAUUUCUAGCCCAUUUGAAAUGGAAAGGAUUGCACGGGCCAUACUUGAUAAUAGCUCCUCUUUCUACACUCUCGAACUGGAUAAAUGAGAUUUCAAGGUUUGUUCCUUCAAUGAGUUCAAUUAUUUACCAUGGUAACAAGAAAGAAAGGCAGGAGAUCAGAAGGAAGUACAUGACCAAAACAGAUGGCCUCAAAUUUCCCAUCAUAGUUACCUCGUAUGAGGUUGCACUAAAUGAUGCAAGAAAAGUUUUCAAACACUACAAUUGGAAAUAUCUUGUGGUAGAUGAGGGGCAUCGGCUGAAGAAUGCAAAAUGCAAAUUACUGAGAGAAUUGAAGCUGUUGCCUGUUGAAAAUAAGCUCCUGUUAACUGGAACGCCACUCCAGAACAACUUGGCUGAGCUUUGGUCAUUGUUGCAUUACAUUUUGCCUGAUAUUUUUUCAUCCCUAGAAGAAUUUGAGUCUUGGUUUGACCUGUCAGGAAUGUGCAACAGUGAAGCACAGCAGGAAGAGUUGGAGGAGAAGAGGAGGGUUCAAGUGAUAACAAAACUCCAUGCAAUAUUGAAACCUUUUCUCCUUCGAAGAAUGAAAUCGGAUGUUGAGCAGAUGCUUCCACGGAAAAAAGAGAUAAUCUUAUAUGCUAACAUGACUGAGCACCAAAAGAACUUUCAGGAUCAUUUGAUUAAUCAGACAUUGGAAAACUACUUACAAGAGAAAUCAAAUUACAGAUAUGGUAUGAAAGGAAAACUGAAUAAUUUAGUGAUUCAACUCCGGAAGAAUUGCAAUCAUCCUGACCUCUUGGAGUCAGCUUUCGAUGGGUCAUACACAUAUCCACCAGUUGAACAGUUGGUGGAGCAGUGUGGCAAAUUCCGCUUGCUGGACAGACUACUGGCACAACUAUUAGAUCGCAAGCACAAGGUUCUGAUAUUUUCACAGUGGACUAAGGUAUUGGAUAUAAUAGAUUAUUAUUUUAGUGAGAAGGGAUUUGAAGUUUGUAGGAUAGAUGGCAAUGUGAAGCUGGAAGAAAGGAAGAGUCAGAUUCAGGAGUUUAAUGACAUAAACAGCAACUAUAGGAUAUUUCUCCUCAGCACCAGGGCUGGUGGGCUUGGUAUCAAUCUCACUGCAGCUGAUACCUGCAUACUUUACGACAGUGAUUGGAACCCUCAAAUGGAUUUGCAGGCAAUGGAUAGAUGCCACAGGAUUGGGCAGACCAGGCCUGUUCAUGUAUACAGGCUAGCAACAGCCCAGUCGGUUGAAGGUCGCAUGUUAAAGAGAGCUUUUAGCAAGCUGAAGCUUGAGCAUGUGGUGAUUGGGAAAGGGCAGUUUCAGCAAGAAAGAACCAAGCCUAAUACUUUGGAGGUCCUUGAGGAAGAUGAUUUGCUGGCUCUCCUUCGAGAUGAAGAAAAUGCUGAAGACAAGCAGAUUCAGACAGACAUCAGUGACGAAGAUUUUCAAAAGGUUUUGGACCGCAGUGAUCUGAUUGCUGACGCCUCUAGUGGUGAUAAAUUAGCAAUUAAUGCCUUUCCUCUUAAUGGUCCUGGUUGGGAGGUGGUAAUGCCGACUAAAAGUGGAGGCAUGCUUUCUACACUUAAUAGCUGACAUUGGAUACAAUUUUUGUUAAGGCGGUGUUUUGGGGGACAUUGCUUUGGUUAAGAUCUUUUUGAUAUAGCACAUCCGGGACUCUAAAGAAUCGGGGUUUUGCAGAUGCAGUUUUGGUUGGCCUUCAGGACUGUUUGACUAGCCUGCAGUUUUGUAUUGAGCAGGAA